AUGAAGCGUCGUGUGCUGCAGGAGCUGCAUGAGACCACCAGCUUUACGGCGUUUGAGUUGCAGAGCAUGAUCAACCACUGGAGGGGGCAUGGGGGCAUGGAGAACGACCAAGUGGACAGAGGGGCCUUUAGAAGGAUGGUCACCCAUGUGUUUGGGGAGGUUGAUGAAGAUCUGUACGACAGCCUGUUCACUGCCAUGGAUGAGGACUGUACAGGUCGCAUCGACCUAAAGCAGAUCAUCUGUGCCCUGUCCACAAUCUUCAGGGGCCAGAAGGAGGAGAUGCUCAACUUCUGGUUCAAGAUGUACGAUGGCGACCAUGACGGGCUGCUGGCUAAGCCAGAGUUUGAGCAGAUGCUCAGAGAUGUCAACAAUGCAGGAAGAAGAGCACAGCCACUUCUUCUAUUUCAUCAUCGAAGGCCUUGUGGAGCUGCAGCGCUCAGGGCAUCGGCUGUCACUGCAAGGGGAGGGAACGUUUGUGCUAGGGCGAGGCAGCGCUGUUUGAUGACGUGA